UCAUCUCGCGGGAGUGCAUCUUCGCUCACUAAACUCUCGAAUCACCAGAAUUUUAUGAAACUUGCUACAAACCAAACCCAAAUAGUUAAUUACAGUUUGCAAACUAAUUAUUGUUCAUUAUUCAGGGGCGAAUACAUUUUUGACAAGCUUUCAUUAGGAUAAACUGUAGACAGCAGUCCUAACUGAAAAUCUACCUUCAAUGUUAAUUUUUAGUUAAAAACUAGUGAAUCAAUUUCUGGAUUGUUUUUUUGAUUUAAUUAAAAAUGGAAGACGAGGCGGCAUUAGCGGCGGACAUUUUUGACCACUCGUUGUCCCCCACAAAUUCCAGGGGUGCAGAACUUGGUGAAGGUGAUGGCCCCACAAUCAUUCCGGAAGAUAGAAUUAAAAUGUUGGAAGAAACAAUUAGCCAUUUGAAUGCUGAUUUCGGCUCACAACGGGCGACCUUCAAGGAAAUUUAUUUGAAAAAAGAAGAAGAAUUAGCCACCGAGAGGAAGGAAAAAGAUGACCUUUCGGUCAAAAUACGAAACUUGCAGGAAGAUUUGAACGAAGCCAAGAGUCAAGUGACCAUCGCCCAGUUUACAAAAGAAAAUGAAAUUGAGGUGGAAAAGUCAAGAUAUCAGCAUGAUCUCACCUCAAUGAGGGUCCGAUUUGAAGAGAAACUGAACAGUGUUCGAGCCAAAUAUGAAGAUGAAAUCCAACAAUUGAAAGCAACUAAUCUGAAACUAGAACUUAACUCGGAACAUCAAUCGCAUCAUCAUCAUCACCAUCACAGUACCUCAACGCCUAAUAGUAGUAGCAGUAAUGAUGGACCAGGUGCAAUGUUUUCUUCCGCAGUGACCAAUCUUGCCAGGAAACUAACACCGGGUGGUGGUGGAGGUGGCAGUAACGAUAGUCUUUUGGAGGAUGGAAAUAAAUCCAAGCAACAACAAGGACAAGGAAAAUAUGCAUAUGAAGACGCUGAGAUACUCCGAUCCCUUGUUGUACAACUUGAAGAAGAAGUAUCUGCCCUAAAGGAAAAGUUACGCCAUUCAGAUGAUCAGUUGGCCACUGUGCAAGGGGCACAAGCCUCAUUAGUCAAGGGGAAUGAUGCACUUACUCAUUUAUUCGAAGGAGAGGAUGUUCAAGGAGUUCUCUCCCACUUUGACGACAAAUUGCGACACGCAAGAUCUGGCCUAGAAGCUGAGAAAUCUUCCAGAGCUGACCUAGAAAUGUAUGUGGCGUUUGCAAAUGCUCAAAAAACCCUGUUAAAAGACGAGUUGGACAAGGUUAAGUUGCAGCUAAGAGAGGUCAGAGCCAGUUAUGAAGUGGAAAAGAAAAAUCACGAAGAACUUAAGGAGACAUGGGAAAAGGCCAAUGAACAUUUUGUGUCGACACACAACGAGUAUAUCACAGUUAUCAAUCAGUAUCGAGAGAUUUUGACUACGGACCAGUUAGAUGCUUUAAGAUCAAAGUCGUCCAGUUUAGAUGGGUCCGUUGGCGUGGUGUCAAUUGUUGUAGGUUCAACAGAUCAAGAAACAUCAUUGUUAAAGGAAGCAGCACCUAUUACCCCUUGCCAAGAAUGUCAGAAAUAUCAAGAGGACUCUGAAAAAUUGAGAAAUGAUUUAUUGAAGGCUGCUAAACUAAGAAAUGAAAUGGAGGCUGAUUGGUUUAGAAUAUCACACGAUUUUCAGAGUAAAUUAGGAUCUCUUGAAGAACAAAUUGGGACUUACGAAGUUGUAUUAUUGGAGUUGAAUACAUCUUGCCAACAGUCAAUGGAGGGAAUGGAACACACGAUAAAAAGGCUUGGAUACGACAGAGAAUCAAUUCAGAGAAAGAUUGAAAAGUUGGAAGCAGAAAACGAUAUUUUGAAAGGGAAGCAUGUCGCCCAUUCGCUCCAGUUGCAAAACGAAUACAUUUCAUUACCCAACGAUAUUAUGGAACUCCAAGAAAUGGUCCUCAGACUAAAGGAAGAGCUCAUUAGCGUAAAAGUUGGGAAGGAACAGAUCGAAGGGGAGUUUAAAUUCUUGAAAGACCAAAUGAGAAUGAUUGAGGAAGAAAAAGUUUCAGUAGAAGAAACACUCAAUUCAGAGAUUGCUGCUUGUCGAGAAAAAGUCAACGAAUUGAGUUCGGCUCUUCAUAAAAGUGAAGAGGAUAGGAAGCGCCUAGAUAAAUCCGCAGCCGACCUCAAAAACAAACUUUUGGCUUCGGAAACACAAAUUAAUAAACUCAAGAGUCAAACUGGUGAUUGGAGUAAGGAAAAGGAUGGAAUGCAAAAAGAAAUUCAUGAGCUUACUGGAAGAAUCACAACACUUCGGAAAGAACUAUCAAAUAGUGAAGAACUUCAGAAAGACCUGAUUUCCCUAUCCAAAUCUCUGCAAGUGAACUUGGAGAGCAUUCGUCAAGCUGAGACCGAAGUUAGAUGGCAACAUCCCGAUGAUGUCUCUCAUUGCAACUCUUGUCGCAAACAUUUAACUGAUUCUAAAGAAAAGAGUAACUGUUUACAUUGUGGCCGAAUAUUCUGCAAAAGUUGCAUAAGUCGAAGCGUUCGAAGAGGAAAUCGAGAUUAUAAUGUGUGUGGUAUUUGCCACACGUUACUUGCACACGACUCUGCCCCCUACUUUUCAACGGAGCCGCCACAUUCCCCUGACUAAUAAUACUUUAAUUUUAAAUUAAUAUUAUGUAUUACGUGUGUAAUGCAUGGUCGAAUAUGUAUGCAUUCCCCCCUCAGCAUUAUUGAGAAAUGAGUUAAUUCAGACAACUCUAGUCGUCGUUUUAUAUUUCAUGUUGACAAUCUUGCCUCCCUCGCCCCUUUUUACUUAUUACCAGCUUCGGUCUUUUAGACGUAUGUAUGUCAAGGUGACGUUGAAAAUACAAAAUAAAAUCUUGAUCAUAAUA